GCCCGAAGCCGCACCCUGGCGCCGCUGAGAGGGAGGUGGGCUGGGCGGACCGACUGACUGACUCGGCCCGGAGGUGUCCGUCGCGGCCCCGUCGUCUCCUCCUCGUCCCUGCGGCAGUGAUCAAGAGGAUUGUGACUGCUGAGGAGCCUCUCUUUCCAUGUCUCUAGGGCAUAAUUUUGCAGCCUUUGGAGAACUCUCAGCCCCUCCUCCAAGCUCAAAUCCCAUUCUGUAGACAGGAUCACUGAAAUAGUGCUAUGAAUGGUGAAUCUGGAGCAGAGGUGGUAACUUCACCACCUCCCACAGCCCCUCACAAAGAGAGAUAUUUUGAUCGAGUUGAUGAAAAUAACCCAGAGUACUUGCGAGAGAGGAACAUGGCGCCUGACCUUCGCCAGGAUUUCAAUAUGAUGGAGCAAAAGAAGAGAGUCUCCAUGAUUCUUCAAAGCCCAGCGUUUUGUGAAGAAUUGGAAUCCAUGAUCCAGGAGCAGUUCAAAAAAGGAAAGAAUCCAACUGGCUUAUUGGCUUUGCAACAGAUCGCAGACUUCAUGACGGCAAACGUGCCAAAUGUCUAUCCAGCAGCACCGCAAGGUGGAAUGGCUGCUUUAAAUAUGAGUCUUGGCAUGGUGACACCUGUGAACGAUCUCAGGGGAUCUGAUUCGAUUGCAUAUGAGAAGGGAGAGAAGUUACUGCGAUGUAAACUGGCAGCUUUCUACAGGCUAGCUGACCUGUUUGGAUGGUCACAGCUUAUUUACAAUCACAUAACAGUCAGAGUAAAUUCUGAGCAGGAACACUUUCUCAUUGUGCCUUUUGGGCUUCUCUAUAGUGAGGUUACUGCAUCUAGUCUGGUUAAAAUAAAUAUUCAAGGUGAUGUAGUUGACCGUGGAAGCACUAAUUUGGGAGUGAAUCAAGCUGGCUUCACUUUGCACUCUGCCAUUUAUGCAGCUCGACCUGACAUUAAGUGCAUUGUUCAUAUUCACACACCAGCAGGGGCAGCGGUGUCUGCAAUGAAAUGUGGUCUCUUGCCUCUCUCACCUGAGGCACUGUCCCUUGGAGAAGUUGCUUAUCAUGAUUACCAUGGGAUUCUUGUGGAUGAUGAGGAGAAAGUGCUGAUUCAGAAGAAUCUAGGGCCCAAAAGCAAGGUUCUCAUCCUCAGAAAUCAUGGCUUGGUGUCUGUUGGAGAAAGUGUUGAAGAGGCUUUCUACUAUAUUCAUAACCUGGUUGUUGCUUGUGAGAUCCAAGUACGUACUUUGGCCAGUGCAGGGGGCCCGGACAACUUAGUGCUGUUGGACCCUUGUAAAUACAAAGCAAAAUCCCGAUGUCCUGAGUCUCCAGAAGGGGAGGGGACAGCAUCUCAUCCAAAAUGGCAGACAGGAGAGCAGGAAUUUGAAGCUCUUAUGCGAAUGCUAGAUAACUUGGGUUACAGAACUGGCUACCCCUAUCGAUGCCCUGCUCUGAGAGAGAAGUCUAAAAAAUUCAGUGAUGUGGAGAUCCCCGCUAGUGUCACAGGGUACUCUUUUGCUAGUGAUGGGGACUCAGGCACGUGUUCCCCUCUGCGGCAUAGUUUUCAGAAACAGCAGCGAGAGAAGACAAGGUGGCUGAAUUCAGGCCGAGGGGACGAUGCUUCUGAAGAAGGGCAGAAUGGCGGCAGCCCCAAGUCGAAGACUAAGUGGACUAAAGAGGAUGGACAUAGAACUGCCACCUCUGCUGUCCCAAAUUUAUUUGUUCCCUUGAACACUAAUCCAAAGGAGGUCCAAGAAAUGAGGAACAAGAUCCGGGAGCAAAACCUGCAAGACAUUAAGACUGCUGGUCCACAGUCUCAGGUUCUUUCCGGGGUUGUUGUGGACAGAAACCUAGUACAGAGACUAACUGCUUAUACGGAUGCUCCCCUCUCAGACUGUACGGAAACAAUUGAAGGGCUCGAUCCCACAGAGCAGGCCUUUAGUCCAGCUAAAUCUGUCUCUGUUAGAAAGGGAGAAUUGGUGACAGCAUCCAAGGCAAUAAUUGAGAAGGAAUACCAGCCACGAGUCAUCGUGAGCACAACGGGGCCAAACCCCUUCAACAAGCUCACAGACAGGGAACUGGAAGAAUAUCGCCAAGAAGUGGAAAGGAAACAGAGGCAGUCGGAAGAAGACUCAGAAGAUGCCUCCCAGCAGAGAGAAAAGGGUUCUCCAGACCAUCCUGCUGCUGGUACUCCACCCAGUACUCCGCUGAAGCUACAGGAAGAGAGGCAGCCUGACCAGGUUUACAAAGAUGAUAGCGAUGCUGCAACUUUCAAGCAAAGCCUCCCAGACCUCACCCCUGAUGAGCCUUCUGAAGCCCUCACCUUCCCAACCUUUGGAAAAGAAGAGGAAGGUAAAUGUGAUAAAGAACUGACCCCAGGCCAGACUGAGUGUCCUGCUGAAAAUCAAGAGCCCCAAGCGCAGCCUGGUGAAGAAGCAUUGUCCCCAUUGGCUGAGGAGGGGGCAACAGCGGAUGCAGGCAGUGAUGAGUCUCCUGGGAAGUCUCCGUCCAAGAAGAAGAAGAAGUUCCGUACGCCUUCCUUUCUGAAGAAAAAUAAAAAGAAGACUGACUCCUAAACACUUUCAGAAAUGCUGUCAUGUGUUAGAAUUUUAAGUUUAUUAACCACUAGAAUGUAUCGGAUCGUACUGAGUGUUUUUUUGUCUUUCAUGUAAAAAGCAGAACAAAUAACACCCUCGAGUUACAGCUUGAUUGCUUAAGAUUAUAAUGGAAAAUUAACAAGCAGAAGGUGCUAAUCCUGUGUAUGCCGCAGUAGCUAAACUGGAUUUAUUCCUAGUAUGUAAACCAUGGAAGAAGACACUGAACCACUGUGUGUAACUUUUCAAGCCCACAUUGCUUUAUAUAUGAAGGCAAGCUAUUUUCACAGUGUCCUGCUUAAAGUGUGCUGCUAUCUGCUCACUCUAAAAGUGGUUCUUGUCCCAGAGCCUACGUUGGUUGUAAGUGGCUUCCAAAAUCCUUGCAACUGGGAGGUGACUCUGCAUUUAUAUUUUUGAGAGUUUAUAUUCUUGAACUGAUCUGCUUCUGCACUGUUUAACUAGAAGCAACGCUAUCCUGAGGCUUUAAAGAAUGUGGUCUUCCUCCCUUCUUAUUUUGGAUUGUAGCUUAGCUGAGAUAUUAAACCUACUUGUUUUGUCUAAGAAGAAUGAAGUGACUUCUUGUUUCCUGCUGAGCACCCUGCCUGUUUUCUAAUGAAGCUUAAGGUAAUCUGUUCAACAGAAUAAUCACCUAUUUCACUAACUUGUUUUCUAGCAAACGGUAGAAUUCCAGCUCCUAGAAACCUGGGGGGGCAUUGCCAAGUCCUGGGUAAGAAAAUACACGUGAUCCAAGCUUGUGGCCUCCUACGUGGGCCUGGCCAAUGUCUGUGGCAGCUGCUGGUCCUAUAGUAGCAGCAGCUGCAUACAGCAGUGGCUUUUCCCAGUACUGAAUUAAAGCCAAGGCCGGGAAAGCCCUGGCAAGGUUUGCUGUACGCUGGCAUUAAGUGGCAGAGCUUGUCCUUUUCUCUCAACGCUCUCAUUUAAAAAAUGCAGAGACUAAGCUGGGUAGCGUGUGUGAAUGUUCCAGAAACAGUGAAGGUUUUACUCCCAUAAUGGGGAUUCUUUCACAAUUUAAAAGUCAGCUUACAUCCGAUUGUAACAGAAGCAAGUAAAAUUCCUGUAUGACUUAAGGUCAGGGGAAGCUAUGAUACUGUUUUUAACGAAUUAGCUAGAACUUAGUACUGGAUGAUAUACCACUUCAAGGCUGUGUAAUGGAAAAAUAAGGCUUGGUACAGUAGCAUUGAAUGCCUUACCCUUUGUACUUUGAGAAAGCACAGACUAUUAGAAUGAGUUCAGUGGUUGGGUGCAGCUUCGUUAGAAACAAAAUGCCUAUAUUAGGCUCCAGAUAGGUAGGUAUGGAGCAGUUUAAAAGAGCAAUGCAAAUUAGCCUCUUUAAGACUGGUGCAGAAGGGUUAUGGGGAGAGGAGCGUUUAUGGUAAUAAUGCUACCACUGCAGGAAAACAGAGAAGCAGCUGACCACUGCAAGAAAAGAGGAGAGACCGGAACCGUUAAUGUUUCCCGUGGACUGCAUGGCACUAAUGGCUUUCAGCUUGUUUCCUAACUUUGUAUGUCCUGUGAACACUAAUCAGCAGACAGUCCUGAUGUUGCACCGCUGUGUCACAUGGCCAGAGGGUUGCAGCUGCAUCACAAAAGCCAUUGCUUCAUGUUUCUGUUAGAAAAUGUAGGGACUCUAAUUAUCUUCUGACCACAUAUGCAAUGACUUCGAAGUUCUAAUUUUGUAGUUCUCAAUUCUUUGUAUUACAAUAUGAAAUCUAGUUGUGUAUGGUGUGGUACACACUUGGGGCGGGGGGCGGGGGGAGCAGAAGAGUCCUGUAUUUUUUCUUCGGUUGUUGUAUCACUCAGUUCUAAUCACAAAUAAAAUUCUUCAAAGGA